AUGCUUUCAAAUCCCCUUCAUCGUUUCUCAGCAUACAACACUAUGCCCUCGAACAAUAUGUUGUCGACGGGGCACUUACCAUCCAAUCACAUGCAUACUUCAGGCUUAGAUACUCUUGCUCAUGGCUCACAAUAUGCUAUUUCACAGCUACACCAACAGCAAGUGGACCUUCGUCAAAACCCACAGGCUCAUAGGAACGCUACCUCGAAACAUCGACAGCAUCCUUAUACUUUGGGAAUGUCUGGAAGCAACGCCACAUCUGCCAGAGGAACCGGAAAUUCUGGACCAAUUCGAAGGAGAAUCAGUAGAGCUUGCGACCAGUGUAAUCAACUCAGGACGAAAUGUGACGGCCAAAGUCCAUGCGCUCACUGUGUCGAAUUUGCACUAGGAUGCGAGUAUAUACGUGAACGAAAGAAGCGAGGAAAGGCUUCACGAAAAGACCUUGCACAACAAGCUGCUGCUGCCGCCGCCGCCAAUGGACACAAAUCGCCCACUGAUCAAUCAUCCGAAGAGAGAUCGCCAGUGGAAUCCCGCAGUGAGCCAUCUUCUGCUAUUUCCUUAACAAACGACCAUGUUGAGUUUCAACGACAUACACCAUCUAGGUCUUUGAGUCUUAACACAGCCGGAAUUGAAAAACCUUCAGCUCGAGAAUUGAUGAAAGGAAGAAUCCGUGCCGGUAGUCUCGAAAGCCUCACAGAAUUGCCAUCCCAUGGUCACCAGCCUCACGUUAGCCGCGCAGAAGUCGAUCAAAUCGGGAGUCCUGGGUCCCUGAAUUUACACGGCUAUUCAAGCAUGCAUGGGUACCGCUCUACCUUGAAUCCCCACAUGAUGAACGGCAGUGGCAGUCAUGCAAACUUUAAUACCUCGCAGACCGGUUAUUCAGAUUUACCCUAUGCUAUACAAGGUCAAAGCCCGUCUAAUUUUCCAGGUAAUACCCCAGGUCAGUUCCGUUUAGCCGAAAGCCCUUUGCCCGGUUUUCCUAUGGGCUCUGAUGCCCCUUCACCCGGUGGGUGGAUGUCAUUACCCUCUCCUUCAAACCAAUACCAACACGUGACACAUCAGAACUUCCAUGCACCCAUACGAUAUCCCGUGCUACUGCCCUUGGUACCUCACCUUGGCAGUAUCAUACCAAUACCUUUAGCUUGUGAUUUACUCGAAUUGUAUUUCGCAAGCUCGUCAUCAGCUUUGAUGCACCCUACCUCUCCUUAUAUUCUCGGAUACGUUUUUCGCAAACACUCGAUACUUCACCCUACGAAACCUAGGCAUUGUACACCUGCCUUACUUGCUAGCAUACUAUGGGUUGUGGCACAAACUAGUGACGCAGCUUUCCUAACAGCUAGUCCAUCAUCUCGUGGACGAAUUUGUCAAAAAUUACUUGAACUUACUGUUGGUCUUCUUAAACCUUUGAUUCAUGGAACGACGGGAGGCAAUGAUAAUGCCUCCAAUUUCUCUAAUACUAUCAUUAAUGGUGUGGCGUUGGGCGGUCUUGGUGUAGCAAUGCCCGGAUCGAUUUCUACAGAUGCACUGAAUGAGACAGGUGCUUUUGGUGCGGCUGGAACUCUUGACGACGUUAUAACUUAUAUUCAUCUCGCUACUGUUGUGUCAGCUAGCGAGUACAAGGGAGCGAGCCUUCGAUGGUGGAAUGCAGCAUGGUCAUUAGCUCGCGAACUAAAAUUAGGAAGGGAAUUGACACAAACCCUGGCAUCAAUGGCUUCUGAACAACCCAAUGAAGGAGCCAACGAUGUCGAUGCUGAUGGAGAAGAUGACGACGAAUUACCCCGAGCUCCAGGACCAAUCGCCGAAGAAGAGAGAGAAGAGAGAAGAAGGAUAUGGUGGCUCUGUUAUACAGUGGAUAGGCACCUAGCACUAUGUUAUAACAGACCACUCUUUCUGUUAGACAUAGAAUGCGACGGUCUUCUCCAGCCGAUGGAUGACACUUUAUGGCAGGCUGGAGAGUUCUAUACUGGUGAUUCAAGCAUUCAUAUUACUUCCCCAUCGGGCACUCAACGAAUAAGAAGGCGCGGACCUAACUUUGAGUGUACUGGACAUAGUAUAUUCGGAUACUUCCUACCCCUUAUGACGAUCCUCGGUGAGAUCGUGGAUCUCUACCACGCUAAAAAUCAUCCUCGAUUUGGCAUUGGUUUUCGCUCUGCUCGUGAGUGGGACGAUCAUGCUAAUGAAAUCGCAAGACAACUCGAGGCUUAUGGUCAAAGUCUUCGGGACUUUGAAUCGGAACAAAUUCCUCCCUUGCCAGAUGAUCAACACGAACAAAACAUCGAAGGCAAUAUUCAAUCUUCUACCACAAAUCACCCUCUCGAACACAACGAUAUCGGCACUCCUUCCGUUCACUCAGUUCACACCGCAACCUCAAGUCACGUCUCCGAAGCCAACAUUCAAACGCGGAUUGUGGUGGCUUAUGGUACACAUGUUAUGCACGUUCUUCACAUCUUGCUAACCGGAAAAUGGGAUCCGAUUUCUUUACUCGAUGAUAACGAUCUAUGGAUCUCGUCGCAAAGCUUUAUCAAUGCAACGGGUCACGCCGUUAGCGCGGCCGAAGCGAUAAAUAAUAUUUUGGAAUAUGAUCCCGGGUUGGAAUUUAUGCCGUUUUUCUUUGGUGUGUAUUUAUUGCAGGGCAGCUUUUUGCUCCUGCUUAUUGCGGAUAAACUUCAGGUGGAAGCCUCGCCCAGCGUGGUAAAAGCAUGCGAAACUAUCGUCCGAGCCCAUGAAGCCUGUGUCGCGACGCUGAAUACAGAAUACCAGCGCAAUUUCCGCAAAGUAAUGCGUUCAGCCCUCGCACAGGUGCGCGGUAGAGUCCCCGAAGAUUUCAACGAACAACAGUUGAAGAGGCGAGAAGUGCUUUCGCUAUAUCGAUGGACGGGCGAUGGGACGGGUUUGGCUUUAUGA